AUGUCGUUAUUCUCACGAGCAACUAGGACGGUGUGCAACCGGUGUCAGUUCGAGCAAAAGGUGCGUUUCGCGAAAGGGCGAAAGGGCGAAAGAGCGCUCCCACGGGCUGCAGCUCCCCCUCCUGUCCGAGCCACUAGAAUGAUGGUACUGAUCGCUGUAGACCAACUCAUUGUGCUCGCUCCUACAGCGAUUCGCGCACAAGCUGGUCGAGAUCGAGUUACUGUCAACCGUGCCGUCGGUUGGGCGGAGAGGUCAGUCUUGAGAGCUUGCCUCCCUCCGCUCCCUCCGCUCCCUUCCAAUCGCCAUUCUCAAUCCUCGAUUCCUUCCUUACUACGCUGCAACACAGGUGAACGCCACCCCGUCUCCCGCGGUUUCGCUCGCCACCUCUACGGCAGAGGCCAAGCCUUACUCGUGCUCAACGGCCGACCGGCUUCGGCCGUACAGGAUAUGAUGCGAUCCGAGACCAGGAGGGAAGCCACGAUCAUCAAGUCGGGUAGGGCCAAGGCGGCCAAGGCUGAUACGGAGAGUAGCGUGUUGAACGCUGGGAACGUGUUGGAUGAGAUCGUCGUGAGUGGACGAACAGCGGAAGGCGUUGCGAACGAGCACGAAAGGGCAUGACGGCUGAUGUUCUCUUCGCUACGUUUCACGGUGUCGGCGUUCGCAGGACCGACAACCGACAUUACUACAGAGGGAAGAAAACGUGUUCGACUUGCUCAAGCACAUCUCGACGCUCGAGUUCACCCGUCUCACCCAUCAGGACAGCGACGCGCUCUUCGGCUCCGUUACGACCGCCGACAUCCUCACCGAGUUGCGGUCGAAGGGCAUCAAUCUCGAGUCGACCGCCGCGUCGGUGCAGUUGGAGGCUGAGGAUGAAACGAGCAACAGCAUCGAGAAGAACCGUAUCAAGCGAUUAGGCUCAUUCGAGUGCGUCGUCGCGUUCAAGGAGUCGGACCAAAACCACCGAUUGAAGAUCGAGGUCGUUAAGAGGUCGACAUGA